GCUGCUUGGCUCGACCCCCUGCGGAAGGAGGCGCGCCCGGCGGGCGAGGCGAGGCGCGGCGCAGCCAGCUUCUAAGGAUGCGGAAGAACGCAAAGUCUCGGAGGGGAGGCUAGGAUCCCUGACUCUGAUCUGCAACUUGCGUGUAGCCCAGCGCCACCGGAGUGAUGCAUUUGCUGUAGAGUGACGCUUCUCUCCGCCUGAUGCGCCAUUCGCCAUGGGCUCCAGGCCUCUCUGAAAUAAGGGAUGGCUCUGUGUUGAGAGAAUCCGCCUAUGUGGGAGUGAGCAGCACAAACGGGGCCCGAGAAGUGAUGGAGGACUUUACCACCCGGACCUAUGGGACCAGAGGGGUAGAUAACAGGCCUCUUUUUGGAGAGACGUCGCCACGGGACAGAAUCAUCAAUUUAGCUGUUGGCAGCGUAACAUCCUUGCUGCUUAUAGUCACACUGAUCAGUGCUUUUUUCUUUCCACAACUACCUCCAAAACCACUGAAUAUUUUUUUUGCUUUCUGCAUCUCCUUGUGUAGUGUUUCAGCUGGCAUUCUUAUCUACUGGUAUCGACAAGGAGACUUGGAGCCUAAAUUUAGGAAUCUAAUUUACUUUGUCUUGUUUUCUAUUAUCAUGUUAUGCAUAUGUGCCAACCUCUACUUCCAUGAAGUGGGUAAAUGACUGUUACAAGGCACAGCAUGGACUGCGUUGAGACUGCCUGAUCGACUCCCCAAAGAGGAGGAUCCAGUGGGGCAAGCCUCCACUGGCCACUUAAGUUUUCUUAUAGAUGUAUAUUUAAAGGCCCUUCCUAUUGCCAUAUGAAAUGACAUUUGCUUCCUCCUUUUUUAAAAAGAGCUACUAGUGCACUUAAACUUUUCAGCUGCACACACGUUUUCACAACAGCACAAGCUUUUUCCUUUUGGGAAAAAAAAUCGCAUAUUUUAUUACACUGUACAAAAAAGGCAGCACUCAAAAGUUUGUACUACAGUAUAAAUAAAAAUUCAGUCUACUGAAACAGAA